CUCAAAAGUUUAGGGCUUUCAGUAUAAUUUGCAUAUUUUUCUUCCUGUUCGUAAAAAAAGUGAAACAUUAUUACCUCCGAGUCCAAUAAAAAUGAUUGGAGCAAUCUACUCUACACUGUAAACAAGGAACGUUGACUAGUCGCUGCUUAAUUCAUCACGCCCCAACAAGGAAACUCAGAUUUCAAAACCAAUCAAAAGACCAAAGUUUUGAUUUUUAUUUUCCCCUCUUGUAGACCUAAAUGUUCAAUGCUGUUCCUUAAUCCAAUUAGAUCAAUUACAUGGUGGAGUUCUAAAAGUUUUGAAAUUUGAAAAGGGUUUAGCUUUCUUCUGAUCACUUGAUCCAUUAUAAAUCGAUUUGUAUCCAGACCCGUGAAGCAGGUAAAACUCAAGAAGUGUCUUCUUAGAGAGUUGCAGAGGCGAAAUAAAAUUUACAAUAAUGGUUCAGAAGCUUGAACAGAUCAAAGGUGGAGGAGGAUCCAUAAAAAUAGGAGCAACAGGAACAGUCGCUACUCUAAUGACACGAGAGCUAGACUCCAUGAAACAAACUUCGCCUAAGACUCCCACAACAAGACCCAUUAGAACAACAAUCCCUGUCUCAGUAGACUGUGGCACAUCUUCUUCAACUCCAAGAAGAACAAAACCAAGAAAAUCAUCAGACGAAGCUAGCAGCAGCAGCAAUGUUAACAAUGUUAGAACACCAAAGGGCCACAAUGCCAAAACCACCCAUCAGCUUUCAAUGCUUGGCUCUGAUAAUGUUAGAACAUCAAAGGGUCACAAUGCCAAAAGCAUUCAUCAGCUUUCAAUGCUCGGCUCUGAUAAUGUUAGAACACCAAAGGGUCAUCACAAUACCAAAAGCACUCAUCAGCUUCCAAUGCUUGGCUCUGAAAAUGUAUCGUUGCAAGGAACCCCGAGAAGAGAGAAGAGAAUGAACAUUGUGGAGAUUGUGGACGUGAAAUGUGGGAAUCCAGAUCGAGCUUGGGCUAAUCCGAUAACUAGUAGACUCAAGAAGCUUGGAUUCUCUAAACUCAACGAGAGCAUUGGUUAAGAGCUCUGCAAAACUUUCCUGUAUACUCUGUGACACAUCUGGUUUGUACAUCGAGUAUGAACCGGUUAAACCAAAUCACAAUGUAAUCUUUCUUUGUCAAACCAAAAAGCUUUGGUCAAUUACAUUCAUUUUGUAUUUUGGCAUCUAUCUUUAUCAACAGGCUAAUUUACCUAGAUUGACAUGACUAUAAUGGGCGGAUACAUGAAUAAACGCACUAAUGUGUGUUUUGUAUAUAUAUUUGAAAAGACGAGUAGAUGAAACUGAG